UGUCUUCCUCCUGUUUUUCAGGUGGUGGUUCAGCGAGUGCACAUAGAUGGACUCGGAAGAACAAAGGAGGACCUGCUGACUUAUGAAAUUUCAGAAGUUUUCAGGGCGAAGAACUUGAUAGACGUGAUGCGGAGGUCUCACGAAGCCCGACAGAAGCUGCUGCGUCUCGGUAUCUUUAGGAAGGUGGAAGUUGUCAUUGACACGUCUCGAGGUGAAGAUGCCCUUCCUAAUGGCCUUGAUGUGACCUUUGAGGUCACAGAGCUGAGGCGCAUGACGGGCAGCUAUAACACUAUGGUUGGAAACAAUGAAGGCAGCAUGGUACUCGGACUCAAAUUACCGAAUGCGUUUGGUCGGGCAGAAAAACUGACAUUCCAGUUCUCUUAUGGUACCAAAGAGACAUCCUAUGGACUGUCUUUCUUCAAACCCCAACCAGGACACUUUGAACGCAACAUCUCUGUUAAUGUGUACAAAGUGACGGGUCAGUUUCCAUGGAGCUCACUGAGGGAGACGGAUCGAGGCAUCUCUGCAGAACUUGGUUUUCCUUUGUGGCGGACCAGUCAAACCAUCAAGUGGGAAGGAGUGUGGAGAGAGCUGGCCUCUCUGGGUCAGACGGCAUCUUUUGCCGUCCGUGAGGAAAGCGGUCAUUCCCUCAAGUCUUCCCUUUCGCAUGCAAUGGUCAUUGAUACCAGAAACUCCUCCAUCCUUCCAAGGAAAGGCGGAUUACUGAAGAUCCAUCAGGAGCUUGCUGGGUACACAGGAGGUGAUGCCAGUUUCCUGAAGGAGGACUUUGAGAUCCAACUAAACAAACCUCUCCUUUGGCACUCGGUUCUGUCUGCCUCUUUGUGGGGGGGGCUGCUGUUACCCAUUGGUGAGAAGCCGACCUGCAUUGCAGACAGGUUCUACCUUGGUGGACCUACCAGUAUCAGGGGGUUCAGCAUGUACAGCAUGGGCCCACAGAGUGAUGGUGAUUACCUGGGAGGUGAAGCUUACUGGGCGGGAGGCCUCCACCUCUACACACCUCUACCCUUCAGACCUGGAAGAGGUGGCUUUGGGGAUCUCUUCAGAACCCAUUUCUUCCUUAAUGCUGGGAACCUUUGUAGCAUCAACUAUGGGGAGGGGCCUCAGGCGAAUUUGAAGAAACUGGCAGAAUGCAUCCGCUGGUCGUACGGAUUGGGCAUUGUGCUGCGGUUAGGCAACAUCGCCAGGCUGGAGCUGAAUUACUGCAUUCCCAUGGGAGUCCAAAGUGGAGACAGGAUAUGUGAUGGAUUCCAGUUUGGAGCAGGAAUCAGAUUCUUGUGAAGCUUCUAGACUUUUAUCAGUUGUAUUCAAUGUUUGCUUGUACAGUGUUGUUGGAAAAAGGUAGUUUAAUAAAAGUAUCUUAUCUGAA